GUUACAGGAGCGGUGAAGAACGACCUGCGGUGUUACCAGUGCAACGUGAGUGACAACAUGGCCUGCACAGAAGAGUACCUCAUGCAGUGUCCGGACAAACAGGCGUACGACAGGUGCGAGACGAGGGUCAGGAAGGCAGCGAAUGGCGAAAGAUGGAUACAGAAAGGAUGUGCUUUAUCCCCCUGCAAUCUCGGCACGUUAGAAGAGCUCUCCUUAGGAAUCCACUGCGACUACUCAGCCCCGAAUUACGACUGCGUUACGUGUUGCAAGGAAGACGGUUGCAACACGGGUGGCGCCGCUGGUCUUCUGCAUCCGGGACACACAAUGGCGACACUUCUUUCGGUUGUUUUGACGGCGACUUUAGGUUUUCACUUGUUCGAGUGGGUGUAAUGACAGCGGGGUAGUUGUGAAUGGUCGUCGAAAAGAAAAA